CGGCAUCGCGCCGCGACACGCGUCACCGCGACACGUCACCGCGCCGCGACACGCGGGCCAUGGCGGCGCUCUGGAGGGGCUGCGGGCGGCUGCUGGCGCGGCGGCCCGGGGCAAAGCAGGCGCUCACGGCCGGGGCCCUCAUGGGAGCUGGGGAUGUGAUUGCACAGCAGCUGGUGGAGCAGCGGGGGCUGCACGGGCACCACUGCCCCCGCACCCUGAAAAUGAUGGCCAUUGGCUUCUGCUUUGUGGGCCCUGUUGUGGGCAGCUGGUACAGGAUCCUGGACUGGCUCAUCCCAGGGAAUACAAAAGUUGUGGCUGUGAAGAAGGUGAUCCUGGACCAGGGGGGAUUCGCUCCGUGCUUCCUUGGCUGCUUCCUGGCUGUCACAGGCGCCACCAACGGGCUGUCGCUGCAGGAGAACUGCUCCAAGAUCCAGCAGGACUACAUGGAUGCCCUGAUGACCAAUUACUGUAUCUGGCCGCCCGUGCAGAUUGCGAACUUCUACUUCGUGCCUCUGCAGCACAGGCUGGCUGUUGUCCAGUGUGUUGCCAUCGUCUGGAACUGCUACCUGUCCUGGAAGGCGAAUCGGAUGUGAGGCAGGAGCCGUGUCCCGUGCCUGUGCCCAGCCUGUGCCCUGCCUGACCCUGAGCUGGCAGUGGGCACGCGUGGCAUGGGCAGGCUGGACACGCAGGGGCCUGCAGCAGCCACCCCGCUCUUCUCUCAGGGGAGCACCAGCCCCUGUGGCCACAGCCCUUGCUGCUCCAGGGACAGGAUGGUGCCAGGACAGCCUGGAUCUGCUCUAUCCGUGCUGUGCAUGGUCUCCAUCUGUGCCCAGCCAUUUCUGAGCCCUGCACACAGGGUGCUCCUGCCCCGAGUGGCGCCCUGACCUCCCCCACGGCACAUCCUGAGGGAAAAGAGGAGUGGGAAUGGAGCAGGGCUGGCCCUGGGCUGGCUGUGCCCCGGGCACUGAGCUGGCGUCACUGCAGGGGAUGCUCCUGCUGAGAACGGGGUUUGCUGUGGCUCUGCUGUGGACAGGCACAGCCUCAAUAAACAGUGCUCUUCACUU